AUGAACAUCCCGAUUGAUGAAAGCGAAGAUUAUGGAAGCGAUAUAGAGGUUGAAAAUGAUGAUGAGGUUGUAUACGAAAAGGAGGAACCCUAUUCGCUAAAAGUUGUAGAAUUUGCGCCUGAUUAUGUGGGUGAAAAGGUGACCGAGAAACUUAAAACAUCAAUAUUAGACAGAUUACGCACAGAAUUGGAGCCAAACUUGACGGCGGGUACAAACAAUCCAAACUUGGGUAGCUUUUUUGAGCAGAGCGCUCACAAAAUGUUGAGUCCUAUUAAGAUUAUUGAUUUAAUUAAACUUUCUGAUAAGUUAGCGAGGACGGACGAAAUUUCUUUUUAUUUUGUUGUGCCAGCAGAGUUGUACAAUAAUUAUCAAAAUCUAAAAUUUGUUACUAAUAAUAAUGCUAAUAUUCGUAGUAUACUGGGUUGGAUUAGAAAUCGUGUCAAGCAAUAUUCUCUGAGAAUUGAUUUGAGCUCUGAAAGUUUAUCAAGUGGAAGUAAGUUCACAAAAAAGAAGUAG